CCUCUUUCUUAUUUAAUUGGUCCGCGGGGAGCCGGGGCGAGUCUUCUGUAGGCAGUAGCCGUUUGCAGCUGGAUAGGUUUAAUUGGCUGUCUCCACCAUCGGAAUCACAGCAGCAAAAAUCUGACCAAAAAUAAUAAAAAAGAAAAACAAUUAAAAGCGGGUCCUGGCGCACCCCUGUCGCUCAUUCCCUCCUCUUCACUCUCUCUCUCUCCCUCCCUUCCUCUGUCUCUCGGUCACUCCCGGCGCCGAUGCGGUGAUCACGGGACGCGCUUUAACUUCAGCCGCGAUCGGGAGCGCGCACGAGUGGAGCGCUGGCUUUGGCAACCUGAAGCGCGUCUUCGCCAGGCGUCCCCCCCGCCUGCCGCGGGAUAUAACGCGGCGUCUUUCUCAGUCCGCGCACACACUCACCGGCAGGGCGAGCGGAAAAGGCGCCGGCGCAUCGCCACCAAGCGGGGCCACUGCUUUCUCAAAGCUGCACUCUGUUUUAACAUCAUUUUUGGGUCCUUUUUUCUUUUUCUUUUUUUUUAGUUUUGCCAUUUGCUUGGCAAGCGGGGCAACGCAGGCACAUUUUACGGAUAUCGCACGAAAUAAAAACCAGUGCAGCGAAUAGGAAGGUCUUUUAAACGCAUUUUAAACGCAACUGCGCCUACGUGUUUGUCAUUGGCGCCGGAGAAGGGAAACAGUAAUUAGGAUUGCCCCGUGGAGUGGAUGCCGCUUCAUGGGAUUAAGGAGCAGCUUCGGCGCUGUGAAAGUUGCGGUCCUCUUUACGGGCUGCAGCCGCGGUGGAUUAUUACUGUCAUUUUUUAUGGCCGAUCGCUAAAGACCACUACAAUCAAGGCAGGAUAAAUAAGGGCGGGGAAAAAAUACACAAGUUUUCAUGCGCCCGCGUUGUGCGGUUUGCGAGGGGGGCUUCUGGAGGGAUUAAGCGGCGACACCACGACAGGAGCGGCCAGCGGGGACGGACCGCGACGGCGUGGGGUGACCGAGGGAGGUGUUCGGCUUUACCCCGGGGCAAGGUUAUGACGGAUUUGAGCUGAAGAUGGAGAUUUUCUGGAUAUUAUUAUUUUCUGUCAUUCAUCCCUACGUACGAGGGCAAGGAGUCUACGCCCCCUCCAACGCUCAGAUCGUCCACUCAGGGCAGGCCUGCUUGGUGAAGGAGGACAACAUCAACGACAGGAUCUACACCAUCCGCGAGGGUGACACCCUGGUGCUGCAGUGCCUGGUGAAGGGCCACCCCAAGCCACAGGUACGAUGGACCAAGACAGCAGGCAGCGCCUCGGACAAGUUCCAGGAGACGUCCAUCUUCAACGAGACGCUGCGUAUCCAGCGGAUCCAGAGGGUGCAGGGCGGACGAUAUUACUGCAAGGCCGAGAACGGGGUCGGUGUGGCUGCCAUCAAGUCCAUCCGCGUAGAUGUACAGUACCUGGACCAGCCCGUGCUGACCGUGCACCAGACCAUUAGCGAUGUGCGUGGUAGCUACUACCAGGAGAAGACCGUGUUCCUGCGUUGCACGGUCAACUCCAAUCCGCCGGCGCGCUUCAUCUGGAAGAGGGGCAGCCAGCCCAUCGAGCAGAGCAAGGACAACGGCGUGGACAUCUACGAGCCACUCUACACCCAGGGCGAGACCAAGGUGCUGAAGCUGAAGAACCUGAGGCCGCAGGACUUUGCCAAUUACACCUGCCAGGUGUCCGUCCGCAACGUCUGCGAGAUCCCAGACACCUUCGUCACCUUCCAGCUCACCAGCGCCACCUCCCCACCGGCCCUGCGCCUCUCGGUCAAUGAGACCCUGGUGCUGGACCCUGGGAAGGACGUGAUGAUGUCCUGUGAGGUGACAGCGGGAAACCCCACCCCCACGGUGACAUGGUCACGCACACCAGGGUCCGUCCCGCAGCGCGCAGUCAUCGAUGGCGGCACGCUCACCCUGCGCUCCGUCGAGGCUUCUGACUCUGGCUUCUACAACUGUGCCGCCUACAACAAAGUGGGGAACCCGGCCAAGAGGACAGUGAACCUCGUCGUCAGAGACAUGAGGAACCUGACGUUCCAAAUCACGCCGGACUCCAACAAGGACAGCGAGAGCAUCCAGAUGGGCCGCGACCUCAAGCUGUCCUGCCACGUGGACGCCCAGCCACAGGACAAGGUCAACUACACCUGGUACAAGAACGGCGUCCCCAUCCUGCCGUCGGAGAACCUGGUGAUUCUGCGCAGUGACCCCGACAUGGCGCCGGGCACCGGCAGCUUGGAGAUCAUCGACAUGAAGUUUCGCGACCAAGCCACCUACACCUGCGUGGCGAACUUCCCGGGAAGCAUCGUGCCCGAUCUCAGGGUGGAUGUCAACAUCACGCAAAGCAGUGUGACUCCCCCGAUCCUGUCGGUGCCCUCUGGUGGCACCGUGGUGACAGCACGGGAGGGUGCCUGGGCGGAGCUGGUGUGCCUGGUGGACGGCAAGCCCCGCCCCCCGGUGCUGUGGUCCCGCGCAGACAAGGACCUGCCUAUGCCGUCUGGCGAGUGGGCGACGGAGACACGGGAUGGUCGGCUGCGGCUCAGCAAUGUGACACGUGAUCUCUCGGGGACGUACCGCUGCCAGACAGCGCCAUACAAUGGGCUGAACAUCAAGCGACGCGAGGCACAGGUCCAGCUCAGCGUGCAGUACCCCCCAAUCGUGGAGCCGGCGUACCAGGAAGUACGUUCGCCCACCAAUCAGCCGGUGACGCUGCGCUGCUCGGUGGUGAAGGCCAACCCGAGCCGCAUCGCCCGCGCCUCCUGGCUGAUGAACGGCAGGCCGCUGCCGCCGACUGUGCCCGACUCGCAGGAGCCGCCCACGCUCCGCAUCGAGCGCCUCAGCCCGUCCAGCAACGGCACCUACGAAUGCCGGGUCAGCAACGGCGCCGGCGUCUCCUCCUGCGUCUUCAACGUGUCCGCGAGGGCGUACAACCCGGAAUUCUACUUCGACACGCCUAACCCCAUCCGCGUCCUGCCGGGAAGCAACUACUCCUACAUCCUGCAGUGGACCCAGAAGGAGCCUCGCGCUGUGGAUCGCAUCCUCGGCUACUGGAUCAACGUGCGGCAGAUGAACAGGGUGGCGAUGUCGCGGCAGAUGGAGGUGAAGGAGCCUCAGCCAGGGGUGCUGCUGUCCUAUGUGCUGACGGACCUGCGCAUUCCCCUUGACUACGAGGUGCGCCUCACGCCCAUCACCAUGUUCGGCCUGGGGGACUCAGCCACGCGCACCAUCCAGUACUCUGAGCCUUUCACUUACUUUAGACCAUCAGAUCACGUCUGCGGCUUCGAGGAUAGCAGGAUAUGCGGUUUCUCCCAGGACCGGAGCGACACGUUCGACUGGACCCGACAGAACGCCCUGACCCAGAAUCCCAAGCGCACGGCCAACACUGGGCCAGACACAGACAGGAGCGGCACCAAGGAAGGUUACUACAUGUAUAUUGAGGCAUCGCGGCCGAGGGUUGCGGGGGACAAAGCUCGCCUGCUGUCCCCCCUCUUCAACGUCACCCAGGCCCGGGGGGCCACAGGCUCCAACCGCGUCCCCUAUUGCAUCUCCUUCUACUACCACAUGAAGGGCAUGCACAUUGGCUCCCUCAACAUCCUGAUGCGGGUGAAGGGUAUCGCCACGGUGGACACGCUGCUCUGGAGCAUCUCUGGGAACCAGGGCCCAGAGUGGAAGCAGGCCAACGUGCCGGUGAACCCCAGCGGAGCAUUCCAGGUGGUGUUUGAGGGGGUGCGGGGCACCGGCUAUGAAGGGGACAUCGCUAUUGAUGACGUGUCCAUCACCACGGGGAAGUGCAAACAGGACAACACCGUCUCUAACACAGCCGUCCUGCUGGGUGGAGCCUCACACCGAUGGCCACUGUCACCAGCGCAGCUGCUGGGCUGCACACUCUCUGCCUACCUGCUGCUCUACAGAUGAUGAGCACAACAGCGCCCCUGUUGACCAAGAUUGCCACCACCACCCCACCCCCCCGGCACACCCGGUGCCUCGCCUGCUCUGUUUCCCUUUCAAUUCUCUGACAUCCUGUUGCCCCACGCCCCCUCCUCUCGGUCCUACCCCUCCACUCUCUUCCAUCAUCCUGACCCAUUGCAGCCCCAUUGCCCUCUGCGCUGAAGCCCAUGCGCCCUCCUCAUCCUCACUGGCCCCUGGCUUCUUCCACGCCGUUAGUCGUCGAAAAAGAUGGAAAAAGAAAAAACGUUAUCACUUAAUUCCUCUCUCCUUUCCUUCAUCAGUUCCAUCUUCAUCCCACCCCCUCUCCACCUUUUCCUGGACAUUCCCCAUGGGGGCGCCCCCCC